AUGGUCUGGAACACGUGCCAGGUACGUCAUGGGGGUCUAGAACACGUGCCAGGUACGUCACGGGGGUCUGGAACACGUGUCAGAAACUUAACAGAAAUAAAUGACAAACGUCAUGUUAUCGAAGAACACUUAAUGCAGUUAGAUGAGAAUAGCAAGUGUAAAUUUCGCUACUCAAAUAUUAACCAAGACAGUCGUGGAGGUACUGGGAAGUCUCACACUGGGAGGAGGCAGGAUGGCGCAGUGGAAGAAGCGCCAACUGGGACUCAGAAGUGUCUCCCGACACAGUCUCUACCGACAGAGUAUCUCCCGACACAGUAUCUACCGACACAGUCUCUACUGACAGAGUAUCUCCCGACACAAUAUCUACCGACAGAGUAUCUCCCGGCACAGUAUCUCCCUCCCGACACAAUAUCUACCGACAGAGUAUCUCCCGACACAAUAUUUACCGACAGAGUAUCUACCAACAGAGUAUCUCCCGACACAGUAUCUUCCGACAGAGUAUCUGCCGACACUGUAUCUCCCGACAGAGCAUCUAUCGACAGAGUAUCUCCUGACACAGUAUCUAUCGACCGAGUAACUCCCGACACAGAGCCUUCCGACACAGUACCUCCCGACACAGUGUCUUCCGACACAGUAUCUCUCGACACAGUAUCUACCGACUCAGUAUCUACCGAUACAGUAUCUCCCGACACAAUAUCUACCGACACAGUAUCUCCCGACUCAGUAUCUCUCGACUCAGUAUCUACCUCUCCUCAUCUCACCCACCGCGUAUAUGUUGCUGUAUUUGUCUUCUAA